GUGCACAAGGGGCGGCUGCUGGGGUGCCAGGUGGCGGUGAAGCGGCUGGAGGGCGGGGGCUGGCAGGGGCCCAGCGAGUACCGCAUGGAGGUGGAGGUGCUGAGCCGCAUGCGCCACCCGCACAUCGUGCUGCUCAUGGGUCACUGCCCCGACGCCAUGUGCCUCGUCUACGAGUACCUCCCAGGUGGCUCGCUGCAGGACCACCUAAACCCCGCCGCCCGGGGUGGUGGGCGGCGGCCUUUGUCUGUGGGGGAGCGGGUGCGGGUGGCAUCAGAGGUGGCAUCAGCGCUGCUGUUCCUGCACCACCACGACCCGCCCAUCGCCCACCGCGACCUCAAGCCCGACAACGUGCUGCUGGACGGCAACCGCGGCUGCAAGCUCGCCGAUGUGGGCCUCGCGCGGCUCAUCGCGGAGGACGACAACGUGACGGCGCGCGUGCGAGGCACAGCGGGGUACAUCGACCCGGAGGAGGUGGUGACGUGUGAGAUCAGUGUGCUGUCGGACAUCUACGCGCUGGGCCUCAUCAUGCUGCAGCUGCUCACGGGCGAGCCCCAUGUCAAGGGCGUGCAGCGCCUGCUCGUCGACCUCGUGGGCAGCGGCGCCUACAACUCGGGCGCGGCAGGGCUGGCGCGCGCCGUGGACAUUGUGCUGGCGCGCCUCGACACGGCAGCGGGCGAGUGGGAGCGCGAGGUGGCCGUGGAGUUUGCGGGGCUGGCGCUGCGCUGUGCGGACCGGCAGCGGGCGCGGCGGCCAGAUCUGGACCGAGAGUUGCAGCCGGCGCUGGUGGCCAUGGCGGAGCGCUGCAAGGAGGCGGCGGAUCGCCGCCGCGGCCACAUGGACUCGCAGCUGCUCUGCCCUCUCAGUCAGGAGCGCAUGAGUGACCCGGUGGUGGCGGCAGACGGCUUCACAUACGAGCGCAGCAGCAUAGAGGAGUGGCUCAAGACACGCGACACUUCGCCCGUCAACGGUCAGCCGCUGCCACACAAGUUCCUCACACCCAACAACACUCUGCGCAUGCUGCUCAACUCCCAGGGCUAG